AUGGCGGCCUGUAACACCUGCGCCGCGGCCGCGCGGCUGCUUGGCUCCUCGCUGCCUUCGGCUCGCAGAGGUAUUACGUGUGGCCGUUCUCGCAUUCCUGUUUUGGGAUUAAUUGCGACAUUUGAAACUCGAUCUCUAAGAAAUAUUCCAUUUAGAACUUUUUCCGAAACCCCGACAUACUUUGCUUCCAAAGACGGCGCGGGCAAAGAUGGUUCUGGAGAUGGGGGCAAGAAACCGAUUGGUGAAGGCAGCAGUAAAAAGUCGAGUUCUGGAAGCUCCGGCAAAGGUGGAAACCAGUUGCGUUGCCCAAAAUGCGGUGACUUGUGCACACACGUGGAGACCUUUGUGUCUUCUACCCGCUUUGUGAAAUGUGAAAAAUGUCACCACUUCUUCGUCGUGCUGUCUGAAGCAGACUCGAAGAAGAGCAUCGUCAAAGAGCCGGAGUCGGCCGCCGAAGCUGUGAAGUUGGCUUUCCAGCAGAAGCCCCCGCCUCCCCCCAAAAAAAUCUAUAACUACCUCGACAAAUACGUAGUCGGCCAGUCUUUUGCCAAGAAGGUGCUGUCGGUCGCUGUGUACAAUCAUUACAAGAGAAUCUACAACAACAUCCCAACUAAUCUGAGGCAGCAAGCUGAGGUCGAAAAGCAGACAUCCUUAACACCGAGAGAAUUAGAGAUCAGAAGACGGGAGGAUGAGUACAGAUUUACAAAACUCCUCCAGAUCGCUGGCAUUAGCCCCCACGGCAACGCUUUAGGGGCGUCGAUGCAGCAGCAGGUGAACCAACAAAUUCCCCAGGAGAAACGGGGAGGCGAAGUGUUAGACUCCCCCCACGACGACAUCAAGCUUGAGAAAAGUAAUAUUUUGCUGCUCGGACCAACUGGAUCAGGUAAGACCCUGCUGGCUCAGACUCUCGCCAAAUGUCUCGACGUUCCAUUUGCAAUCUGUGACUGCACCACUUUGACUCAAGCGGGCUACGUGGGCGAAGACAUCGAGUCUGUCGUGGCAAAACUACUGCAAGAUGCAAACUAUAAUGUAGAAAAAACUCAGCAAGGAAUUGUGUUCCUGGACGAAGUGGACAAGAUUGGCAGCGUGCCUGGCAUUCACCAGUUACGGGACGUGGGAGGAGAAGGCGUUCAGCAAGGCUUGUUAAAGUUACUGGAAGGUACAAUUGUGAACGUUCCGGAGAAGAAUUCCCGAAAGUUACGUGGCGAGACCGUGCAGGUUGACACAACCAACAUCCUCUUUGUAGCCUCUGGUGCUUUUAAUGGCCUGGAUAGAAUCAUCAGCAGAAGGAAAAACGAAAAGUAUCUUGGCUUUGGGACCCCAUCGAACCUGGGGAAAGGCAGACGAGCAGCGGCCGCUGCAGACCUGGCUAACUUGGGCGGAGAGGACAGCACGCAGCAAGAUAUGGAAGAGAAAGACCGUUUGCUGCGGCAUGUGGAAGCCAGGGACCUGAUUGAAUUUGGCAUGAUCCCCGAGUUUGUGGGGCGCUUGCCGGUCGUGGUUCCCCUUCACAGCCUCGAUGAGAAAACCCUCGUGCGAAUUCUUACGGAGCCCCGGAAUGCUGUGAUUCCCCAAUACCAGGCAUUGUUCAGCAUGGACAAGUGCGAACUGAACGUUACCCAGGAUGCCCUAAAGGCUAUAGCCAGGUUGGCUCUGGACCGCAAGACAGGAGCGAGAGGCCUUCGGUCUAUCAUGGAAAAGCUGCUGCUCGAACCGAUGUUUGAAGUACCCAACUCGGACAUAGUGUGUGUGGAGGUGGACAAAGAUGUCGUGGAAGGGAAAAAGGACCCUGGAUACGUCAGGGCAGCUCCUAAAGAAUCUUCGGAGGAAGAGUAUGAUUCAGGAGUCGAAGAGGAAAGCUGGGCUCGCCAAGCAGAUGCCGCAAACAAUUAAACGCAAUCAGAACGGCACCCCGUGGAAAAG